AUGCAUAUCGUCUUACCUGACCAUACUCGUCAUUAUAUCCACUCUCAAAUUGGUAUCAAUGUGGUCCAGAUUUAUACAACUUUCUUUUCAACUUGCUAUCGCUCCAUCCCUACCAUUUCUUCCCUUUCCGCAACUUAUGACAAUAUCACUACUGCUACAACCUCUCAAUAUCCCAUCAAACUAGACUGCUCAUGGCAUUCCUUUUACUUCAACUGGAACCAUUUUGUUGGCCUCCCAGAUGUUAUCCAUGACUCUCAAUCUGCAGUAGCUUCCAUUGACAGUUUCUCUCGAUUCAAGUCAAACUACUACACCUCGAUUGAGCUCCAGAAAAUCGCUUCAAUCGCUUCUGGUGUUUGUCUCAUCGUUACCAUCUCCUCUCGCUUUUUAAUGGUCAUUUUUUCUCUCUUCAAACCUGCUUCAUGUGUCCAAGCAAGAAGCAAACUCAACAUCUUAAGACGUCUCGGCUUCAUGUUCUCUUACUACAUUGCAGCACCAACAGGUCUUUUACUUGCUCCAAUAUGCAUGUUCCGUUCUUCAUUUCAUAUCUACAGUGAGUACUAUGGCACUGGCCUUCACCCGGCACUUAUCGAGUCUACUUUUAAUCUUGGACUUCACGCUCUUCUUUGGCUUGUUUCUUUCUUUUCCAUCCUGGACAUUAAACUUGCCCAAAUAUACACCUUCCAACUCACUCCUUACCAACAAUCAAACAGACCCUCUUUUGAAGAUGCAGAAAUAGAUCCUCCCUGCAUUGGGUGCUCAAAUUGUGAAAACAGAAUGCCUCCUCCAAACUUCUCUCAACGUCCUUACUCCUUUACUCCAGGACAGGCUGCUGGGUCUUCCACUGACUUGGUCUUUGGAAAUGAUGGCGACUGGUUCCCAUUUAGAUCCUCUAUUUCUUCCAACCGUUCGAUGGAACCUUCUAUUCUUAGAAACCCAUUUUUUGGUCUCUUUAGAACCUCACAGUAUUCUUCUACACCUUCAUCCAACCAACAACAACAACAACAACAACAACAAUCCUCUCAAUUAUCUAACUUCCAACAAAAACCUUCAUUUGAAAAUAAUCAAACUGUCAUUACAAAUCAACAGGUCUUCAAUAAUAGAGGAGAAUCUUCUCACUCAAGAACUUCUGGUCAAGUUUCUGCUGCCUCAUCGUCGUCAUUGGAUGAUAGCUGGCCUGCACCCUGGACAGACGAAAAGGGCCAUUACAAAUACUCUCCUUCCCUAUUUAAGCCUGGCUCCCGUCAAAACUUAGAGUCUGACUCGGAGUUAUCCGACGACGACGACAGAGCAUCUACCUCAGAGUCUCUCACUCUUAGUGACAAUAGUAGUUUAAGAACUUCUAUUAGUCGCACUGGGACUUUUGAUGAUGAUAGCUCUGACGAGCAUGGCCACCUUCAUAAUCAAAGAAUACCUUAUGAUCGGCGGAACGAAACACCUCCCCCUUAUUCAUCAUUACCUCUUAACUCUAGCACCCCCUCAUUAGCUGCAUCUUCUUCCUCCUCCCCAUCCUCCUCGGGUCAAGUCACAGGUACAACUCUCGUAGAAUACGGCCCAGAAUUAGACUCCAACAUUUCUGGCCCACCAUCUUUAGUUUAUGAUAACGACGGCUCGUCAAGUUACAUGAGUAGUAACCAAAGCUCUUCAAGCAGUAGCCAUGCUCCUAGUAUACAUAACCAUACUUCUCUCCUAACUGAUACACCAUUACGCAUAUUGGAAGACCAAUACUUAGUUGACACUCCUACACAUAGAAAUCACCCGCCGCCUGAACAAGACCAAUUAAUGUUCCAUCAAAAUUAUUUCGGUACAAACCCGAGGCAGCAGCAGCAUUUCCAAAACAAUACAACGGGUCAUGAUAACUCCCAUCCACCUUACUAUUAUAAUCACUCAGGAUGCACCUAG